AUGUCUGACUUUAUGGGAGGAAAGCGAUCAAGCGCCGACGCCGACGAGUCAACUCGAAAGAAGGCCAAGAAAGAAGGCGGCGACGACGAAAAGUACAACCCUUACCUUGCUCACAUGCAUGACAACGGUGAUAGCAAUGGCAAUGGCCAGGAGCCUUCUCCCGACUCUCCUCUGGCCGGCAUGAAGCGACAGCACACCACCGCUAAGCAGGCCGCCAAGGCUGAGGAUUCAGAGUCGAACCCCUUCACCGGCCGACCGCAUUCGCAGAAGUACUUCCAGAUUCUCCAGAGCCGUCGCGAUUUGCCCGUGACCAAGCAACGGCAGGAGUUUCUCGACAAGUACCACUCAACGCAGAUUCUCGUCUUUGUCGGUGAGACAGGUUCCGGAAAGACCACUCAGAUCCCCCAAUAUGUCGUUUACGACGAGCUACCUCACCUCACUGGCAAGCUCAUCGCUUGUACCCAGCCGCGUCGAGUCGCCGCCAUGUCUGUCGCGCAGCGUGUCGCUGACGAAAUGGACGUUACCUUGGGUGAGGAAGUCGGUUACAGCAUUCGUUUCGAGGACAUGACAGGUCCCCAGACCAUGCUCAAGUACAUGACCGACGGUAUGCUUCUGCGCGAGGCCAUGCACGACCACGAGAUGUCUCGCUAUAGCUGCAUUAUUCUCGAUGAGGCUCACGAACGUACCCUUGCGACCGACAUUCUUAUGGCUCUGCUCAAGCAGAUCUCCAUGCGCCGCCCCGACCUUAAGAUUAUUAUCAUGUCUGCUACUCUUGACGCUCAAAAGUUCCAGAAGUACUUCAACGACGCACCUUUACUCGCUGUCCCUGGUCGAACCCACCCUGUCGAGAUCUUCUACACCCCCGAGCCUGAGCGCGAUUAUGUUGAGGCUGCCAUAAGAACUGUUCUCCAAAUCCACGCUUCGGAGCCUGAGGGUGAUAUUCUGCUCUUCUUGACUGGUGAAGAUGAGAUUGAAGACGCUUGUCGCAAGAUCAGUCUUGAGGCUGAUGAGUUAAUGCGCGAGGUUGACGCCGGUCCUCUCGCCGUGUACCCUCUUUAUGGUACUCUACCUCCUCACCAGCAGCAGCGCAUCUUCGACAAGGCUCCUGCACCUCUUCGCAAGGGCGGUCGCCCUGGCCGUAAGGUCAUCAUUUCCACCAACAUCGCGGAGACCAGUUUGACCAUUGACGGUAUCGUCUACGUCGUGGACCCCGGUUUCAGCAAGCAGAAGAUUUACAACCCUCGUAUCCGUGUCGAGUCCCUUUUGGUUUCGCCCAUCUCCAAGGCCUCGGCCCAGCAGCGAGCUGGUCGUGCUGGUCGUACAAAGCCCGGAAAGUGUUUCCGUCUUUACACAGAGAAGGCAUUCAAGAAGGAACUGAUCGAGCAGACAUACCCCGAGAUUCUGCGCUCCAAUCUUGCCAACACAGUUUUGGAGCUCAAGAAGCUCGGUGUCGAGGAUCUUGUCCACUUCGAUCUUAUGGACCCUCCCGCUCCUGAGACUAUGAUGCGAGCUCUUGAGGAGCUCAACUAUCUCGCCUGUCUCGAUGAUGAUGGUGAGCUGACCACUCUCGGUAGCAUGGCCUCGGCGUUCCCUCUGGAUCCCGCUCUGGCUGUCAUGCUCAUCUCUUCUCCUGAGUUUUACUGCUCCAACGAGAUUCUUUCCAUUACUUCCCUGCUCUCAGUGCCCCAAAUCUUCACUCGCCCUGCCAACAACCGCAAGCGCGCAGAUGAGAUGAAGGCGCAGUUUGCUCACCCCGAUGGAGACCACCUGACCCUGCUCAACGCCUACCACGCUUUCAAGGGCCAGGCCACAUCAGACCCCAACAGCGCCAAACAGUGGUGUCACGAGCACUUCCUCUCAUUCCGACAUCUUUCCAGUGCCGACAACGUUCGCGCUCAGCUUAAGCGCAUCAUGGAAACGCAUGGACUCGAGCUUGUCUCAACGCCAUUUGAGGACAAGAACUAUUACACCAACAUCCGACGCGCACUGCUUGCCGGUUUCUUCAUGCAGGUCGCCAUGAAGGAGAGCUCUGGCAAGCUCUACCGCACCGUCAAGGAUGAUCAGGCUGUCUUGAUCCACCCCUCAACUGUUCUUCGCACCGAGUUUGACUGGGUCCUUUACAACGAAUUCGUUCUCACUUCAAAGCAAUACAUCCGUACAUGCACAGGUAUCCGACCCGAAUGGCUACUGGAAAUUGCCCCCACCUACUAUGACAUCGAUAGCUUUGAGCAAGGCGAUGUCAAGCGUUCUCUUGCACGCGCUGCAGAGAAGAAGCGUCGCAAGGAGGCCAUGAAGGCCGGUAGAUGA